AUGUCCUCGUCGUCGCGCAAGAUCUCCUCCGAGUCGUUCAGCAGCUCGGUGGGCUCGGACUGCGGGCUCGAGAGCCCCGGGGGAGACGGAGGGGACGGCGGAGGGGAGCCGGUGGAGGAGAUCCGCGGUUGUCCCUUCUCCUCCCACCGAGCAGCCCUCUGGAACGGCCGGAGCCCAGCGGAGAGGCCGGCGUGCCCGGUGGCCGAGGAGCAAGCACCCGUGGGACCCAACAAGAGGGCGACCAGGAGGAGACGGGUGAACCUGGACUCGCUGGGGGAGAGCCUGAGGCGGCUGACCUCACCCACGAAUCAGACUGUUAAGGAGGCUCUACACAGAACAUUAGAAUUCUAUCGGCAACAAGAAAUCAGGUGCCAAGAGGAUGGCAGCGAGGAGAGGCGUAGAGAUAGGAGAGAGGAGAAGUGCCCUUUUCUAGAAAAUUCUGGUUCAGAAGAGGACAUCUCAGAAAUUCUACAGUACAUGACUACCAUACUGGGAGUACCACUUUUUGAGCUUCGAGAGCAUUUUGGAGAAGAGUUCUUCGGCCUCUGCUUUGAGGAGAAUGAGCGGGUGCUUCGGGCUGUGGGAGGCAACCUUCAGGACUUCUUCAAUGGCUUUGAUGCCAUUUUGGAACACAUUCGCACUUCCACGGGACGUAGAGCCUCCUCUGAAAGUCCCUCCUUCCAGUGCAAGGACCCCUUUGAGGAGGAAAAAGGGAGAAGUAAACUAGAUGGUGUUGGAGAGAGGGAGGAAAGAGAAGGAAGAGGGAACUUGUUGCUUCUUCAUUGUUUCAACCCUGCCCCUGUUGUUGGAUUGGUUAUGCCAGGAUUGAUCAGAGCUGUUGCCAGACGGAUUUUCCACUCGGAAGUUGAGGUGGAGGAGGCACCACCUCUGACUCCCUUACCACCCAGUGAAGACACAGAACACAAAGACAGUGACUCCAAUACCCCCACCCCGACUGCAUCCCCCACUGCCUCCCCUUCCUCCUCCCCAUCACCUCCCUCUCCUUCCCCAACCUGUGCUGCCCCAACCACCCUGUCCUUCUUCAUCCGGAAAACAUCCCCUCCUUCCCUCUCAUCCCUCCCAAAUGUUCCGGCGACGACCUCCACAAGAGCCCCCCUCUCACUUUCCACCAACCCCACUGACCUGCGCAUUGGCCUGGCCACUUUCUGCCGUGCCUUCCCAUUCCACCUGGUCUUAGGGCCCCGAAUGGAAGUACUGCAGCUGGGGGAGGGGCUGAGGAGGCAGGCUCGCAUCGAGCCCCACCGGAGCCUCUCAUUCAGGGACUGCUUUGAGAUCGUCUCACCCAAGAUGGAGCCUUCAUUCCAGGGCAUCCUGUUGAGGCUUGCAUCCCCCUUCACCAUCCGCACCAGGCCGGACUGCACACAGGCUGGCACCAAGGAGAAGGUGAUGGAGCUGAAGGGUCAGAUGAUCCAUGUACCUGAAUCCUGCUCCCUGAUGUUCCUGGGCUCGCCGCGUGUUGAUAAGCUGGAGGAAUUGAUGGGCAGAGGCCUCCAUCUAUCAGACAUUCCCAUCCACGAUGCCACCCGGGAUGUCAUCCUGGUGGGCGAGCAGGCCAAGGCCCAGGAUGGCUUAAAGAAGCGAAUGGACAAACUCAAGGCCACAUUAGAACGGACUCACCAGGCGCUGGAGGAGGAAAAGAGGAGAACUGUGGAUCUCCUCUACUCCAUAUUUCCAGGUGAUGUGGCCCAGAAACUGUGGCAGGGUCAGCCUGUGCCCGCACGCAAAUUUGAUGAUGUCACCAUGCUGUUCUCGGACAUCGUGGGCUUUACUGCCGUGUGUGCCCAGUGCACACCCAUGCAGGUCAUCUCCAUGCUUAAUGAGCUGUACACGCGCUUCGACUACCAGUGUGGCAUUCUGGACGUCUACAAGAUUGAGACGAUAGGUGAUGCCUACUGUGUGGCAGGCGGGCUCCACAAGAAGGUUGACAGCCAUGCUAAACCAAUUGCACACAUGGCUCUGAAGAUGAUGGAGCUCUCAGAGGAAGUGCUGACGCCAGAUGGAAAACCCAUUAAACUAAGAAUAGGUAUCCAUACAGGCUCGGUGCUGGCAGGUGUGGUAGGAGUUAAAAUGCCACGUUACUGCCUGUUUGGAAACAACGUGACACUGGCCAGCAAGUUUGAAUCUGGGAGCCAGCCAAGAUGUAUCAACGUUAGUCCCACAACUUACCAGUUGUUGAAAGAUGACCGCUCUUUUUCAUUUGUCCCCCGUUCACGGUUGGAGCUCCCAGAAAAUUUUCCCAAAGAGAUCCCAGGAACAUGUUACUUCCUGGAGGCGGGGACAUCUCACAGCCAUGCCUCAUUGACAAGCUCUCGCUCUGCCCCCCCAGCCUCUAUGAGGAAAGUCUCCUACAGCAUUGGAACCAUGUUUCUGCGAGAAACAAGUUUAUAGGUCCCACAUACUGACCAAGAUGUAUGGAUAGGCUGCAUCUCAACCUGUGGGAUGUCCUGGAUAUGUAGGAAGACACACACAUGGAUCAAUGGAUAUGCAAAUUGUUAAUUGAAAGGUUUCGGAAUUUGAAUUUGUGGAAUGGUCUAUAUGCGUGAAACCAAACUUGUGCUCGCUCGUCAAAGGUGAACACAAGCUGACUUUCUGACCAAAGGAGAUGUUUUGGCUCACAAGACUUCAAGCAGGGCAACUAUGCUACAUAUUCAGACAUGGAACUUUUGUGAAAUGGUUCUCCAAUAAGUCCAACUCCAAAAGUUUGCUGAUGGGAGAAAUCAGUGUGGGAAAUUACCUGUCUAAUUGGACUCUCAGUCCCAACCUGAGCCCCAGCUCCAGUAUCUAGCUCUCUCUAUUGAUCCUUUCCC